CUCGAGUUUCCACAAUCUACCAUGUUGCAUCUGUGAGAGGAACACUGAUAUUGAUGACGUAGAACACGUCCAGGUGUCCAAUUGUAAACAUUACAGGUGUGACAGACAAAUCACGAUCUCUUGAUUCACUUAAUAAGUACUUAAGAAACUGGUAGAACAGGGUUAGAAUAAGGGAUGAAGAAUUCAUACAGAUAUCCCGAUGGAAGUGAAUACAAUGGUGAGUGGAAUGACCAAGGGCAGAGGGAAGGGUAUGGUGUAAUGAAGUUCCCUGAUGGAUCUCAGUACUAUGGUGCCUUCAAUAAGGGACUGUGUGAUGGCAAUGGAAUAAUGGUGUUUGCUGAUCAUUCAAGAUAUGAAGGAGAAUUUAGAAAUGGCAAGUUUAAUGGUUUUGGAGUAUUUGUAAGAAGUGAUGGGAUGAAAUUUGAGGGACAGUUUCAAGAUGGCAAGAUUCAAGGAUUAGGUUUGGUAACAUUUUCAGAUUUAACCCAUGGUUUGCCUAGAAAUGAAGGGCAAUUUGAAAACAAUAAACUUGUCCGAAGACAGAAAUGCCAUGGAGAAGUGCAACGAGCUCGACAGGCAGCACAAAGGGCGCAGGAAAACUAAUAACAA